GAGAGACAGCGUCCAACGGUCUUGGCGGCGUUGCCAGGGUAAGAGUCCAAUUAGGGUAGCCCCGCUUACUCCUAGUACGUAUGACUUCAUUGUGCCGGAAAUUGAGUCGACAACUCUAUCAACUACACCCCGAGCUUCCAAUUGCGCCAGAACGAGACAACACCUCGAUGAGCGUCAUUGCAAGAUGAGAAUCACGGUGAGGUCCCUGCUACUCUGCAGUACUCUUUGCGCUCGGGUCUCGGCGCAUUGGGCCGCGGAUAGCAAGCAGCAGCCCAUCGUACACCAUCAAGGUCCGCUUGGCGACAACAACGACGACGACGAAAAGACACCCGUGUACAGGACGUCACUGCUCUCACUCCAUCGUGCCCUCGUCGAUGUCCCCUCAAUCAGCGGCUCCGAACGCUCCGUAGCCAUCCUGCUCGAAAAGAUCCUCACCGAUUACAACUACACCGUCGAGCUCCAGCGUCUCUCUUCCACAAAGCCCUCCAGUGACGAGAAUGAUGAGAGCCACGCGCGAUACAACGUCCUGGCCUGGCCGGGCCGCAAUUCAGACCGCACUUUCCAUAACCGCGUCCUCAUAACAUCCCACAUCGACGUCGUCCCGCCCUACAUCCCCUACGCCAUCAACGGCACUCCCAUCGCCCCGGGCAGUCCCUACGACUUCUCCGACAUCACCUCCAACACCUUCAUCUCCGGCCGCGGCUCCGUCGACGCCAAAGGCUCCGUAGCUGCGCAAAUAACCGCCGCCUCCCUCCUGUGGUCCUCCCCCUCUAUCCACGCCUCAGACGUGAUGCUCCUCUUCGUGGUAGGCGAAGAGACCUCGGGACAGGGGAUGAAAUUCUUCUCCUCCUCCCUCUCGAACCAUACCUCGCCGCCGGGCGGGCAGCGACCGCAGUUCCGCGCCGUCAUCUUCGGCGAACCGACCGAGAACAAGCUCGCGUGCGGCCACAAGGGGAUCUUGGGCGGGAGUAUUUUUGCGAAGGGCAAGGCCGGGCAUUCGGGUUAUCCCUGGUUGGGGAAGAGCGCCAUUUCUGUGCUUGUGCGCGCGCUGGAUAAGCUCUUGAGUGCGGAUCUGGGAUCGAGCGAGAGGUACGGCAACACGACGGUGAACGUGGGGUUUAUUGAGGGUGGCGUGGCGGCGAAUGUGAUUGCCAAGGAGGCAAAGGCCAGGCUGGCGGUGAGGAUUGCGGUGGGAAACCAGACCACUGGCGGGGAGAUUGUGGCGGAGGGGAUCAGGAAGGUGUUGAGGGAGACGGACGAGGAGGCGCUCGGGCUGGAGCUGGUGGCUGGAUAUGGGCCGGUGGAGUGUAAUUGUGAGGUUGAGGGCUUCGAGACCAUGGUGGCCAACUAUGGGACAGACGUCCCGAAUCUCCAUGGUGACCACGUCAGGUAUCUGUAUGGUCCCGGCAGUAUCCUCGUUGCUCAUGGCGAUGAUGAGGGGCUGCGAGUCCGGGAUCUCGAGGAUGCGGUCGAGGGUUACAAGAGGUUGAUCAAGCAUGCCGUGGAGGACUCAGCGUGAUUAAUUAGAUACCCGAAUCUGCUUUCCUUUGCAACUUGGAUGGGCAUGUUCGGUUUGUAAAGAUUGAGCUCAUCCACCUCCAACCGCACCCAACCACGCCGGUCUUGCUCCUCUCAUCGCCCGGCCUAGUUCAACAGCCCGGGCGGCCGAGUCUCUUUCCUCCCCACUCGACCUCC